CCCAGCUCCCACCCUCGGCCACCCAACCGCAUUUCAUUUCGCUGAUUUCGCUUAUCAUCACUUUUUGCUCAAACUAUUCAAACCCUCACAACUUUAGAAAUUUGGAUUUUGACGAAAAAUUUCCUCGAAGUGAAAGUGUUGUACCUUUACUGAAAUAAGUACAUUGAAUUGAACUCACAGAUCAGAUUGUACAAUGACUGUUGCUCCAGUCAUUAAGAAGAUUCCUGGAAAACCUGCAAGAUUUCCCAAUGAGAAAGAUGGUUAUGUUGAUUUAUCUGCGAUGAGUAAACUGGAACUUGUGGAUUUACUGGAAAGAGAAAAUAGGCUUCUCAAGAAUAAAAAUUUUAUUUGUAAGUUACCUGAUAAAGGCGAAAAAAUCAAGAAUUUUCGUAGCAAAGUAGAAACCGAACUCAAGAAAAGAGAGGAGCAAGACAAUCUCUGCAAUUUGAUAUCGAAUUUAAGUGUCAAUGAAUCAAAAGCAGCUCUCAGUAAACUGGAAUGGACGGGUGCUUGCGAUUCCGCUGAUGAUGGUAAAAUGGGAAAAGACGCCGAAAAUGCGAUUGAAAAUGAAGCAGAUCCGUUGCAAAUCUUAGCUACUCAUUCUAGUACCAACGUUUCUCAAAAAAAAUUGCUCAAAGUGGAAGAAUCCCAUACGCUUGUGAAACCAUCAGAUAUAGCGGAUGUAACUGAAAAUAAUGCUGUUAAUUUGGAUGUUGAUUUAUAUGCUCAACACCUAUGUCGAUUUUUUGAUAAAAAUAAAGGAGAAAACACGGAGAAAAAGUUCUAUCCUAAUAGAUCGCUAAAUAAAACAUUUAAAAAAAGUACAUCCAAUCAUAAAGAACCUGAACUUUCAUCAGCUUAUGUUCCUAAGCAUAUUUCUGGUCAAACCAAAUUAAUAUCUUUGGAAGAAUCUAUUAUAGUGCAUCAAGAGCAGCUAAAACAUCUGAAGGAAAUUGAAAUGAAUAACGCUGUUGGAAGAUUGAUGCAAAAAUGUACUGUGAAGACAAAAUUACCAAAACGUUAUACAACUUCUUACCGAGAACAAGAUCCCGAUAACACCGAUGACGAGGACAGCAUUUUAACCGAAGAAAAUUCUGAGGAUGAAUAUGGUAACGAAGAAACCGCUUCAAAUUUGAGCGAUGUGGAUUAAAGGCAAAUGAUGGUUGGAAGAUGAAUUCGAUAUUCCAAUUUCCAUUCAAAUGCGGAAACGAGUGACUGUAAAACCGAAAAAUUCCUGUUUGAAACAAAUAUUGUGAUUUUUUUGCAUCAGCCAAUUAUUCAGCUACUUACGUAUUUUUGUAUCAUGAAACAGUUACAAUUAAUUUCCGAUAGAAUGUCGAAUUUGGUGUGCUAUGAUGAUUUGUUCUUAUUGUGAUAUUUUUAUGAUUAAUAAUGUUUAAUUGUUUA